AUGGCAUCUUCAACAGCAACAGCAACACCUUCACGACUUAAUACCUUUGAGAGACCUCCUUCGCGGACUGAUUUCGAAAGACGUGUUGAUGAUGUGAAACCAAUGAAAAGUGACAUCAAUGCUCUGAUAUUAGACUACCUCACGACUGAAGGUUAUCCAUCCGCCGCCGCAAGGUUUUCCAAAGAAGCGAAUCUUAAGCCACAGCAAGAAGAAGAGUCUGUUAGAGCUCGUCAAGCCAUUCAACAUUCCAUUCAUUUGGGAAGUAUACAAGAUGCUAUCGAGGCCCUCAACGAACUCGAACCUCAGCUCGUUGAGCUUAUACGGACUUGUAAUGCAACCCCUGGCAGUGACAUCAGUCUCGCAUUAAAUUUUGCGACAACUCAACUUGCGCCUCGAGCGCCGGCCAACCCUGUAUUUUUGGAAGAUCUUGAAAGAACAAUGGCCCUACUGGUUUUCCCAUCGGAUAAUCUGGAACCACAGCUAGCUGCUUUACUGCAUCCUGAUCUUAGAAGGUCUGUUGCAGAUAAAGUGAACAAGGCGAUUUUGCAAUCACAGAAUCAACGUCGAGAUGCGGCCAUUAGAGAUCUUGUUCGUCUACGUGCUUGGGCCGAGAAUACCGCACGAGAUGCUAAAAAGGAUAUACCAGAUCUCAUCGAGCUGGGUCUCGAUGACGGCAAUUUUGAUGAUGAUAAUAUACAUGGGAAUGGAUCCCAUGCAAACGAAGCAAUGAUGAUGACACACUGA